AGUAUAUGAAUAUUGAUACCGCACGCCGCUAGCCCCAGGAUUUUUUUUCUUUUUUUCUUUCCAAGAGAGAUAAGAUUAAAAAGGGGAAAAUAUUCCACUAACCCUAGCCACCAUGACGCGUGACGGCGUGCCGCCGCCGUCGGCGUCCGGCGGCGGGGCGGGGGGCGGGGACGGGCCGAGGCGGUGCUCACAGUGCGGGCACCACGGGCACAACGCGCGCACGUGCACAUCGGCGCGGCCCGUCAGGCUCUUCGGCGUGCGCAUCGGCGACAAGCCCAUCAGGAAGAGCGCAAGCAUGGGCAACAUCGCGCACCUCGGGGCGGAGGGGAGCGGCGGCGGAAGGGAGGAGGGGUACGGCUCCGACGGGGAGCACGAGCGGCCACACAAGAAGAGAGGUGAGGCAUGGACUGAAGAGGAGCACAAAAAGUUCCUAUUUGGGUUGAAUAAGUUAGGGAAAGGUGAUUGGCGUGGCAUAUCACGUAGUUACGUUAUUUCGAGGACACCUACUCAAGUUGCUAGCCAUGCUCAGAAGUAUUUCAAUCGCCAAACAAAUGUGCAUCGAAGAAAGAGAAGAUCAAGCCUCUUUGAUAUGGUGAUUGAUGACUCUUCUGAUCAGCCGCUCUCGAGUUCAUCUUCACAAGAAGUAGAACAACAUUUGGAGGAUCCACAGCCUGUUGCGGCCCCUCCUGCAUCUGUGGUCUCUCCUGCUGCUGUGGCUCCUGUGCCUGUGGAAACACCUGCUUCAGUCCCACCGCCAGUUCCAGUUCCAGUUCCAGUAAUGGCACCUCAGCCUAUGGAACAGGACUCCGUUGCCUCAAGUUCAAGCACCGGAGAAGCAGGGAUUGUGAUGCCAGAAGCCAUGCCCCCCUGUCUUUAUCCAAUGAUGCUUCCCCCUCCUUACUACCACCCUGCAUUUGUUCCGGUACCAUGCUACGGUUAUGCUCCUGUUUUCUACAUGCCACCAGGUGUGGCACAAGCUCCACAUGAGAUUGUGAAGCCCGUUGCUGUGCACUCAAAGCCUCCGUUAAAUGUUGAAGACCUUUACAGUAUGUCGGUACUGAGCUUGAAGGGUGACCCAAGUGCAAACAGUGGAGUGCCUGCUUCUCCUUUGCCCCCGAAGCCAAUUGGUAGACCGGAGAGGCAAUCUGCUUUCCAUGGAAAAGGACCCGCUGGUGGCUCUGUCAGGUGGACUAAUUCCAGUAGUCAAGUGACUUGAUUCUGCUCCUAAAUAUGCCUUGUGUAUUAAUACUUAGAAGAUAGUCAAAUCAUAUUAGCCUGUGCUGCUAAAAUGGUGUUGUGGUUCAUGCAAAAUAUUUAUACUGCUCAUUUUAGCUUUCAUGUUCUGUGGGUAAAUAUAUUUUUAGUUUUCCAGUAGUGUAGCGUUACCUUUUGAUCCAUCAAUUUGCCCAAACUAAAUUCAGAAUGUUGAACGUGACAUAGGAACUGUCAUGUUCCCAUUUACUUUCUGCACAUAAUUUUGGUACAUUCGUUCA